GGCGUGCGUGUUUCCGUUUGUCUCAAUUAAAAUUGUUUUGCAUUAUUUGUUAAAAAAUAAUAUAUUUUAAUUAUAAAUCUUGUGAAAAUGUCCGAUCUGUCCAACGAUGAUUACGACCUGUUGGAUGACGAACUGAGCAGUGCGGUGACUCAGUUUGAAUCCAACGUGACGGCGCUGGCGCAAGUGCUGGAAUGUUACGGAUCUGAGGUGACGGAGUUUGAACAUCUGGACGAAGACAUUCGCCGGUUGGAAGCCGCCGGUCGAAUGCUUUGCGGUUCGGUGGACAAAGCCGUCCAACAGGUGGUGCCCGGAGUGCUGACGGAAAUUGAAGCAAAAAAUCAGCAGUUGGAUCAGCUCCAUGUGUCGAACAGAAAUAACGAAGCAACGAUAAAGGCUCAGAAGGAAAAAAUCGCACAGCUAGAACAGGACCUUAUGGCAGCCAAAGAACAUCUUUCCAGCCAGGUCGUUGGUCAGUUCGAAUCCGUCUCGUGGAUUGGAUCGAUUAUGGGCGCAAUGCUGUGGAAAUCUUGCAAGCAGCACGAAAGCGUAAAGGCGCUCAUUGGGACGGACAGUUUGCGAGACUUUCUCGGGAUGGCGAAUUGCGUGCUGAGCUGCUUCCUCGCCCACCAGGGUGCCGUUGGAGAGGUGGCCCUGUCGUCCGAUAGCGAGGAUUACAAGUUUUUGGCUACAAUUUGCGGAUGUCUUACCAACUUGGCAGCGUUCCCGGAAGGGCGGGCAUAUUUGGCUGUCGAGACGGAUGGGCUUCUGUUCGCUCACAAUCUUCUGCUGGCGAUGGAGCUGUUCCGGAUGCCCGAGGGGAGACUGCUGAAACGGAUGUCGCUGACCUUUGUGUUCAACAUUUGUCUGGAAAAUAACGGAGCCAUGUUCGUUCUAGGGGAUGAGAAGAGAUUGGGAAGUGUCGUCCGCUGUUUGGACCAGGCGAAUUCGCAGGACGUGCUGACCUUGGCCGUAAGCUUGUUGGUUCGGCUGAUCAAAUCUGUUCCAGAGUAUAGAACGCGGGCGAUGAUUGCUUCGAAAAUUCCGCGAAGUAUCGUCAAGCAGACAUCGGAUUCCAAUAACUCGGAGCUGAAGGAGACGGCAUCCCAUCUGCUGGAGCUGAUCGAGUUCGAUUGGAUCAAGGCAGCGAUGAAUAAUGGGAAGUGAGAUGAUGGAGGUGUGUGUUAUAUUUUUCUAAUAGUAACCAAAGGUUAGUAAGAUCAUCUGCAGAUAGUUUUAAGAGAAAUAACGAACUUUUAUUUAUGCGUUUCGCAUAUGGGUGGAA